UGGAACACUGAGACAGUCUGUAGCGUGCGGUGCUGUUCAGUCUUACUGUUUGUAUACAGUGCGCUGUCAAAUAGGGGCUGGCUUGCAUUCGCUUCUUUAUGGCAUAGUUAGUGCACCACUGCAGUGACAGGAAAGCUAGUGCGGGGGCAGGUGCCUUCUCCAACAGGACUUACAGAAAACAAUUGACGGGAUAAUUGUUCAUAUUGUUCUCAUUAUCCAGACACAAAGUGUCGAAGGGGAGCAGAAGAACAUUCCUGCUGACUGUAGAAAUAAAAUCCACAAAUUUAAAAGCAUGAGACCUUUAUUUGCUUUUCUCAUCCUCUGCAUAAGCGCCGCUGUCCCGCAUCUAGCUAAAGGGGAAGUUUGUGAGCCCAACCUAUGUGAGAACAGGGGUGCCUGCUUGACGGGGUUGGCUGACGAGCCUUUUUCAUGUGAGUGUCCUGCUGGCUUCACAGAUCCCAAGUGUUCUAGUAUUGUGGAGGUUGCGGCGGACGGGGAGGAACCUAUUACAGCAGAAACCUGUCAUCCUAACCCAUGCCACAAUGGAGGGACAUGUGAAAUAAGUGAGACUUACAGGGGGGACUCAUUUAUAGGAUACGUCUGCAAGUGCCCACUUGGCUAUAAUGGAAUCCAUUGCCAGCACAAUGUCAAUGAAUGUGAAAAAGACCCCUGCAAAAAUGGUGGGAUUUGUACAGAUAUGGUUGCCAACUACUCUUGCGAAUGCCCUGGUGAAUUCAUGGGAAGGAACUGUCAGUACAAAUGCUCUGGUCCACUUGGAAUGGAGGGUGGCAUCAUAUCCAACCAGCAGAUCACAGCUUCGUCUACACAUCGCGCUCUCUUUGGCCUCCAGAAAUGGUACCCCUACUUUGCCAGACUGAACAGAAAGGGCCUGGUGAAUGCCUGGACUGCCGCCGAGAAUGACAGAUGGCCAUGGAUUCAGAUAAACCUGCAGAGAAGAAUGAGAGUUACAGGACUGAUAACUCAAGGCGCCAAAAGAAUCGGGAGCCCGGAGUAUAUAAAAUCAUAUAAAAUAGCCUACAGUGACGAUGGGAAGACCUGGAGAACGUACAAAGUUAAAGGCACUGAUGAGGACAUGAUCUUCCGAGGGAAUGUUGACAACAACACCCCCUCUGCCAAUUCCUUCACUCCGCCUGUGGAAGCCCAGUAUGUAAGACUAUACCCACAGGUCUGCAGAAGACACUGCACCCUCAGAAUGGAGAUGCUUGGCUGUGAACUGACAGGCUGUUCUGAGCCAUUAGGGAUGAAAGCGGACCAUAUCCAGGAUUAUCAGAUAACCGCCUCCAGCAUCUUUCGAACUCUCAACAUGGACAUGUUUACUUGGGAGUCCAGCAAAGCCCGUCUGGAUAAGCAAGGCAAAGUCAAUGCAUGGACCUCAGGGCACAAUGACCAGUCACAGUGGCUACAGGUCGAUUUGCUCAUUCCUACGAAAGUGACUGGCAUCAUCACCCAGGGGGCGAAAGACUUCGGACACGUCCAGUUUGUGGGUUCCUACAAGGUGGCAUACAGUAAUGAUGGGCAAAGAUGGGUAAUAUAUCAGGAUGAAAAACAGCAUAAGGAUAAGGUUUUCCAAGGAAACUUUGACAAUGACACACACAGAAAGAACGGGAUAGAUCCCCCCAUCUAUGCUCGGUUCAUCCGGAUCCUGCCUUGGUCAUGGUACGGACGCAUCACUUUACGGGCCGAGCUGCUCGGCUGCACAGAAGAGGAGUGAACUGCUGGGAAAAAAAACUCAGCUCCCCGGAAUAGCCCUCAAAUAUCUCCAUGUGAACUGUGCGAAACCUGUACAAAUUUAAAAUCGAUUUCUCAUGAACAAGUGUUCGGUUGUGAUAGGCAGGAAUCUCUGAUUUGUACAAUGGCCUAAGCCUACCCUUGUCAGAUGUUUGUCUUUUUUAUUUACUUAGAAUGGCUGGGUUGAAACUUUUCUAUACAGCAUGUGUUUGUUGGUGGGAGGUGGGGGAAGAGAGUUCAUACUGUGGUUAAAAGAUCCAGGAAAGCUGCAGGUUUGUUUUUAAAAUUAUUUUAAUUGUAUUUAUUUAUUUUUUAGGUAGAAAACGGUAAAGUGAUCCCUACCAGUAGAUUGUUUGUAUAAAUUCAAUCACAGUCUUAAAGAUGUGUUUAUGAGCACUGCAAUUGCAUCAAAAGUACACAACACAUAUGGAACACAACAUUUGUACUAAUGAUUCAUCAUAUACUUCUGACAUUUAAAAACACAGUUUACUAAAGUGAAUUACUUAAUUAAGGAUAAACCAUAUUAUCCACUGCGGAUUAAAAAACAAACAAGCAAAUUUAUUUAUAUAUAUAUAAUGAACAUUGGAGCAGCAAACUUGUCCUGAAGCGUAUUACUGGAAAACAAGUUGCUGUUUAUUAUUUUGCCAGUGUUUCCCAUUUUGUAUUUAAAAGAAUACAUUCCCAAUUAUAGAAAAGGUUAAUAUAAGACACUGCAGCUUUAUCACUACUUUGGGUCUAGGAUGACUAUAUUUAAGGAGUGCUGUCAAAGGUGUCAUUGUGUGUUGUAUUUUAUUUAUUCAAGCACUUCAAUUGAGUUUAUGGUUGGCUUCAUGUUCUCUUAAAACAUUUUUAAAAUCUCAUUUUGAGCUAUGAUGUAAGUCCAGCUUUUAGAAAUCUCUCUAGAAAUUGGUUUUAAACAGCUCAAGAUAGAUGUCACUUAUUUGUAUGGUUUUAUUUUGUAACCAUAGUUCUGAAGAGAUGCUUAAGAGUAAAAUACUUGUUAUGUAUAUUUAAGGAGACAUUGUAUGUCUGCUGGUAACAGUAUGAGUUGGAAAUGGAAAUGUACAGGAACAUCAUUUUAAACUGAGUUGAGGGGUGUGUUGUUUGUUAAUAUUGAUUUUAACAACAUUUUUCAACUAAUCCUAAAAUGUUAAUCACAUGAGGUAUAACAGUAUUACAAAUAUUAUGUCACUUUUUAUUUUGCAAUAGCUUCUCCAAUAGCUUCCAAUAGCUUCUCCAAGGAAUGUUCUUCUGUGAUUGUAAUCCUAAAGCCACUAUAAAUCCUGAAGCCUCUGUAAAGUCUACUAAACAAAAAGAUAUUUUAAACAAACAAAAGCCAUGACAACCAUAGGGCAACUUCAUGGAAGUAAUUGAGGGCAGAUGAGAGGGUAUAUAAACUUGAGUAUAGGUUUACAAAGGUUCCACAAUACAGGGCACACACCGUAUUAUCUUUUAUCGUUUUGAUGCAUAAUAAAAAGCCACUAGACUGUUACUGUGUCUGUAACCAUACUAACAAAACUGAUUAAUUUAGAUGUGAAAUGCAUUGUAAGAUUUUUGUCCUAAAAGGAAUGUCAGACUUAAGUUUAUUUAUCAUUUCUCAGAUGUAAGGCUUGCAGGGGUGGAAAUGAUGGCAAGGCACUCACACACACACACACACACACACACACACACACACACACACACACACACACACACACACACACAUACAAUAAGCGCUAUUUAAAUGUUAGAAUCAGAUGUUUCCUCCCCUACCACAAGCAUGAUUAGGGCGGUUGAGGGUCACUGUAAAUUGAGUAAAUUGACUUGACUUGUUCAAAAUCCAGGAAAGAAGCACUCUAUGGCAGUCCUGAUCACUAAUGUGGUAAAUGAUUUGACCUCUAGGUAAGUACUCAUGGGUUCAUGCUGGGCAGGUUUAUCAAUAUGCUGGAGUGGAGAUAUUAUACCAGCCUGCUUAUUCUUUCCCCAAAGUCUGGUUUGCUCAUAUUCUAAUCUGUAAGUCAUUAAGAGUGAUAUUCUAAUCCUUAAAUCAUCAAGACCGAUAUUCUAAUCUGUAAAUCAUCAAGAGUGAUAUUCUAAUCCGUUUAUCAUCAAGAGCGUCAUUAUUGGCACGGUUUGUAAAACUAUAACUUGUAGACAGAAGUGGAUUGGAACCAACUAUAAGACAAAAUGGCCACUGGUUAUUAAUGUAUACUGUGUAACCGAUAUCUGAUUGUUUAAAGUGGAUUAGAAUAUAUUAUGAUACAGAAGGACAAAGUCAUCCAUUUAGACUUUCCUGACAAUGUAUGCUUUAAGGUGUAAUAUGGAAG